AUGGUUGCUGAUUGUGUCUGGUGCAAGGUACAUCGGUGUCUACCGCAAGUCCCGCAGAUGGCUCCGCAUCGUGUGCAGCGUGUAACCCCACACCUACGGCUAUUUAGUGCGGUCGGUGUAGCCUAUCUUGGACCAGUUACGGUGACUAUCGGUCGUCGGAGCGAAAAGCGGUGGGUGGCGUUGUUCACCUGUUUGGCAGUUCGAGCGGUCCACCUCGAAGUAGUGCAUAGCCUGUCGACGCAAUCUUGCUUGAUGGCGAUUCGACGGUUCGUGUGCAAACGCGGAAUGCCGCAGGAGUUCUUUUCGGAUAACAGGACGAACUUCCUAGGAGCCAGCAAGGAGAUCAGCAAGGUUGCAAGGAGGAUCGACGAGGAAUGUGCCGAAGCCGUCGUAAGUUCCUCUACGAAGUGGGACUUCAAUCCUCCUGGAACCCCCCAUAUGGGCGGCGUCUGGGAAAGAAUGGUGGAUGGACCUUUCCAGUUAGCGGAUGCGUUGCGGGAUGUGUACCGGCGUUCGCAAUACUUAGCGGACCGAAUGUGGGAGCGAUGGUACAAGGAGUAUCUGCCGGGGAUCAACCGGCGAACAAAAUGGUGUGAAGAGCGAAGGCCGUUAAACGUUGGUGACCUCGUUUUUGUGAUUAAUGGGCAAUAUCGUAAAGCCUGGAUCAGAGGAGAAAUAAUGAAGAAGAAUAAUGGACACGGUUGA